UACUUGGUGCCUCUUCCUGCUGUAGCAUUGCUAUGCUUACUAUGGCUUAUGUGACAAGACUUCGAAUGGCGAAGCCACUUCAGCGGUGUUGAACCCGUGUGUCGUGUUUGUAUUUUCCUUCAGACCAACUGAGCAGUUUCCACCAUGUUGGCCCUACUGAGACCUACUUGGAGGCCAUUGGCACGAGCAUUUUCACGUACUCCUGCCACUGCCAAGGCCCUUAUAGUUAAAAAUCAGGAAGAAUUCCUCAACAAAGUGAUGCACAGUGACCUGCCAGUCAUCGUAAACUUUCACGCAGAAUGGUGUGAGCCGUGCAAGAUACUCUCACCACGCCUCAAGGAACUGGUUGAACCCCUCGAGGACAUAGUACUUGCAGUUGUUGAUGUCGAAAACAAUGUAGAUCUUGUGCACACUUUUGAGGUGAAGGCUGUACCAGCAGUAAUUGCCAUCAGAAAUGGAAUAGUGGUGGACAAAUUUAUCGGACUAGUAGACGGUGAGAUGAUAGACAAGCUGAUUGCUGAAUUAUCCCGAGGUGCCAAGCCUGAAUCUGACGGUAGUGACAGCAAGCAGUGAUCACCUGUGAUAUGCAGUGCCGAGGGUACUUUGAAGUUUGGACGUCAUGCUUCUCGGAAUCAUAGAAUGUGGCUUCUUGUAAGCAUUACUCAGAUUUGUAGUGUAUUUGACAAUGUAGGCAUAUUUAAUGCCAUAAUUGUUUGCAUACCAGAAAAUGUUCGUGUGGGCAUAUUUGUUAGCAUAUAGUUUCACUUUAUGGUGCAGUGUCUUUUUCUUGAUUGUAGAAUGUUUGACCAGUCCUAUUUAUUAAAUAAUGAAUAAUGAUUAGUCAGUGUGUACUUCAAGAUACAGGGAACUGAUUAUAAACAAUUUACUCCUCUCUGAUAUUGUGUGUGUUUUCUAAAACUAGUAGCUGUAGCCAUAGUCACAGUAAUACCAGUAGAUACUAAUUUUGUGAGGUCCUGCUUACAAUAGAUUUACAGAGAUGUGCAUGGGUAUAAGUAACAUAAGUAACACUGACCCCAAGUAGUAAUUAUCUGAGAAACUUCUGCAUUUGUUGUUUCACAACACAGAGCAAGCAGAUGUAUGAUGCAGCACCUUGAGAAGAGUGCUUACAAACAGAAGGAAAAGUAUAAAUCUUUGAACUUUUGAAACUAAUGCUUCUUAUAGAGUUGCGGAGGCAAAUGGAAAAGAAGAAAAGAUUGUUAUACAAUAGACACAUCUCGUAUGGUCAGUAAAGGCACAAGAGAAAGACAAUAAACAUUGCUCACCUGUUUUGUUGCCUUACUUUGGGCUACAAAAAACAACCAGUUUCUCUAUCCACAGAAAGUCAUGUAUUGCAUUAUAAGUACCCAGAUUGCAUAUAGUUGUGGUAUGUCAUUGUUCUUACUUUCACUCAAAGAUUUAUAUUAGAACUUGUUUUGCGAAAACUUUGUGCACUCUAUAGGAAGGACGACGGCACUGGUAAUGUGUAGGACUGGUCUUGGGUGAGUGGAAUAUGUUGAAAUACGAGACUACUUAUGCUGUGACGAGUGCCAAAGGUAUUAUGUUAUGCAUAAAGGAAGCAAACAAAAUGCUUGGAGCUACAGUGACUGCACACGAUCAUAGAAACGUUGUACACCUCAGAAAUUUGCUCUUGUGUUUUCUGUGAGUGAGCUUCUCAUUUCCUCACUUGAAUACUCUUUCCCCAUGUACUUAAGCGUUCUCCCCCCCCCCCCUUUUUUUUUUUUUUUUUUUUUUUUUUUUUUUUUUCCCCCCCCCCUCUCUCUCUCUCUCUAUCACGCCUGUGUGAGAAGUAGCAACAUCCACACUGCUUAUAAAUUAAUCAUCUUUCGUGUCUCAUUUUCACCUUACAAAGUGAGCUCAGAUAUCUCUUUUUGUAAUUUCUGCUUUCUCUGGUUUUUUUCCAGCACAUGCCAGAUAGUUAUGUAUAUAUUGUUAUUCGAUACUAGUCUUUUGACCCCAAAAAUUUGUACCUGGCAUGCUGCAAGUGUCAUUGCUGGGGAAUUUCCAUUGUCACUACGUAAAUUGUAUUGAUAUUUAUGAAUAACAGAAGUGCAGCUAUUUACAGUUGCUUCUCAGUGCAGCUACCACUGUUAUUUCAAGACUGCUGUGUUGCUUUUCAACACAGAGCAGGUUAAACACAAAAGACUGAUGUACCUCCAGCCAUAUUAUUUACUGACAAGUACAUAUUUUUCUGCACAAUGCAGAAAUUCAAGAGAAAGAAGAGAGAGUUGUGUUGAGUAAUAAUAGUGCUAGAUAGAAAAAAAAAUAGAGAAGACGAUGGGAGCAGUUUGUGGUCUCAAUGAUGUGCUCCCAGCAACUUUGAAAUGGCAUCGUAACUUUUUCAGACAAUUGUAGAGGAUGUAAUUCAUACAAAUAUUACAGAUUAUUUUAUUAAACUUCUACAAGAAUUGGCCUCUUUUUUUUAAUGAAGAAAUCCACAGAACUUCAAUUGAAGUAAGCCUUUCUGUAGGAAUACUUCGGUUAACAUGUAACUAGCCAACCUAUUUCACACAUGUUAUUGGCUCCAGUACUUUUUUUUACACAAGUGAUUGUUAGUUGAGCUUCAUUUCUAUUCCCCUUCUUCUAUUAUUGAUAGGUCCCAUAAUAUUUGCAGUAGACAUCCUACUGGUAACAUUAAAAUUACACGAUUGAGUGCUGGGCUGGACAACAUAAUUUCCAUUCCAGUAGUAACAGCAUUGUUAAUGAGAAAUCUUCCAGACAAAUAAAACUUUAUUGAUGUUCCUGUAAAAUAUUUGUUAAUCUUUGGGCAGCUUGAAGCAAUGAACAAACUCAUUGUAGUGUUGCAACAAGUUCAAAUAGCAUAAUUGGCCUGUUUGCGAAGUUCAGUGGUUUUUCUUAAAUGUAUGAUAAUUUCUUAAAAUGAUUAUAACCGUUUUCAUCAGCAUUUUGAUAAUUAUGACAGUUAUAGAGGAAGUACAUGAUGCUCUCUACUUCUCACACUUGAUGUUCCCGUGUUCUAAACAGAUACAUCUGUAUGAAAGUUCUUUGACAGGAGCUCAAAUCUCAGUUUUUGCCAGACUGCUACAAUGUAAUUUAGUGAGUAACGUCUUUCUUAUUCAUUACACUAUUGUAAUGUGAUUAGCAUUGUGUUUAUAUAUAACAACCAUCAUUUGAAAUUACAUAAAACUAAAAAUCUUGGUUACCAGAAGGUGCUAAAUGAACAUUGUGAUGUAAAAAUGCAAGUAUACUAUUUCAAACAGAGGUAUCAAAAUACAUUUCAGUGCUAGAACAAUGUAAUUAUUGUGUUUUUUAGUAAAUGUGUAAUUUAUGAACAUCUGUACUGAUUGUACCACUAUGUAAACAAAAAUAUGGUAAUGUGUCUUUGUAAUAGCUACUUAACCUAGAACAAAAUUAUUUAUUUGCAGAAUGUGUGAUAGAAAUAGAUUGUACUACAUUAUAUACAUAAGUUCUUGUGAUUUCAAGAGAAACAUAUUUGUAUUUUCAGUGUGUGAUGUGCUAGCAUAAAAAAAAAAAAAAAAAAAAAAAAUGAAAAAUAUUAAAAUAUUUAUUACUAGUCUAUAAUGAAUGCACAAUAAUUAUCUGUCUCCAUUCACCAUAUUUCUGGUUACUGCAACAGCCCUGUAGUGUAUGAAUCUCUUUUGUUGAUCCACAUAAAGCACAUGACACUGUUUUAGUUCUGUUGCUGUUGUAUUUGGGAUACAUGGGUUAGGUUCAGGUGCAUAUGGUGAGCAUGGUAGAAGAUGCUGAAAUAUGUGUGCCUUAAUGUAGCAGGGCGUUGUUCUUGUACAAGAUGUAUUCAUAGCGGUCCGUGACAGCUGAUCACUUUUUUGGACUGUAGUGCAUCAGAUGAUUCAGUGAAUGGUGUAUUCUACACAAGUGAACAAAGCCUGACUCAUUACAAGCCACUGCAGUACCAUCAGAUGGAGACAAAAUGUUAUGUGAGAGUAAAUUUCAUUUUACUGUGUAUGCUGCUGCAUUCCAUAGCCUGUGAGCAUCGUGUAUCUUUUGCCAUUCUGAUGGGGAAAAAAUGUUUCUUAGAAGAUAUAUAUUCCAUCAUUCAGUCAAGUUGGCAAAUCUGUUCUCCAGCUUAUAUUAAAAACACAUGAGGUGUGAAGGACAGCAGUCAUAAUCUUGUUUGCUGUCAGCAUUGCACAUCCAGACUGUGAGAUAUUGUUUGCAAUUUGUGUGGGUUUGAUUGCUGGCAUUGGUCUUUUAAGUAUACUCGAUUUAUUGACACCUGUGCGACACUUGUGUGUAAUGUACAUUCUCUUAAUGCAUCUCAUGGUGCUGGGUGGAAUCUGGGCAAUAAGGCCAUCACUCACAGCACUUGACCAAAGAUAACAAUAUUGGCCUUCAGUUUGGUGCAAGAAAAUUGAAUUGUCAACAUAGGAAAUACAACGCCUAUUCGAUAAGUAAUGGCUGUGCUGUAAAAAUAUACAUAUUCAUUGGAAAAAAAAAACUUUUAUUGGCAGUUUUACCUUCUUACAAACUUACUUCCCUAUUACACUAAUUACCGCUCACUUCUCAGCACAUUUCUUAAUGUAGCAGCAGCCUCUUCAACCCUUCUGGACAUAAAUUCUCCACUUGGGAUUUGAACCUGUUAACAGCAUCUUACAGUUCCCUUCAUCUCCAAACUGAUUCUGCAUAUCUGUCUCUCAUCAUCCGUGAUAAUGUGGAAAUACAAGCAAUCUCCAUCUUGUUGAUAGUGCACCAGAAAUGCUCACCCAGUUGAAAUUCUUUAAUCUUUGUGCUAGUCACCUUGCACAUAGUUUGUAAUAUAUGACGUUUUCUGUGACCAUUGUGUGAAUAUUGGUCAGUCCAAGAUGACAAAAUUCAUCAGGCAGUGCACUAAUUGUUGGGCAGAUUGUAAUUUUUGGCCCACAUGUUGCAGCAUUUCUUUGGUGUAGAUACUGCUCCUGCAACUCUAAAGGCAUAAUUGUUUGGCUUCACUCACAGUCAAACAACUACUGAAUCAAAGCAGUAACUUCUGUGACUUUGCAAACAAUCAACAGAUGUUUUCAGAAUGAAACUUUCACUCUGCAGCGGAGUAUGCACUGAUAUGAAACUUCCUGGCAGAUUAAAACUGUGUGCUGGACCGAGACUCGAACUCGGGACCUUUGCCUCUCGCAGGCAAAUGCUCUACCAUGAACCGUCCUCACAGCUUUAAUUCCGCCAGUACCUCAUCUCCUACCUUCCAAACUUCAGAGAAGCUCUUCUGCAUACCUUGCAGAACUAGCACUCCUGGAAGAAAGGAUAUUGCGGAGACAUAUGGCUUAGCCACAGCCUGGGGGACGGUAGAGCACUUGCCCGCGAAAGGCAAAGGUCCCGAGUUCGAGUCUCAGUCUGGCACAGUUUUAAUCUGCCAGGAAGUUUCAAUCAACAAAUGGCUUCUUCAUUCAUCUUUGUUCUGAGUAGCUAACAUUUAAAUAUAAGGAAAAUGCCAUUAGGUUUCAAAUACACCUUUUUCUCUGUUAUAUCUCAAAAAAAUCAAAGCCCCCCCCUCCAAGUACACACACACACACACACACACACACACAC